CUGUGCUUAAGUCAUUAAUUCUCUGCACUUAAAGUUAUAUCUCCGAUAAUUGCUUAUUAAAAACAAAAAAACCCUUUAAAAUAUAGGACUAUAUAGAAAGUUAAUUAUAAUAAGGGGUCAUUAAAAUAUCUGAUAUGGAAGGUCCUCCUAUCGUUUUGGAAGAUGGGCUAGAUCUACAGAAACUAAUUACUUCAAGUUCUAUAUUAAAUAUAAACGUAGAUUACGAUGACUUGGAUAAUUUUCUAGAAGACGAUGACAACAACAAGUUUGAUCUCAUUGGUGAGCCUGUUGAAUCAUUUGAAAGCCUAGAAAGAGAUCUAGCACCUAUUGAUGGUAAUGGCUAUGUUAAAAAGAAAACGUUAGAGGAGGGUGGUGGUAUGCCUUUACAUGAAGGAUGCACAGUUUACAUUGCCUAUUCUGGAUACUGGGAAAAUAGUUUAGAACCUUUUGAUAUUUGGAAACCCAAUAAACCCCUAGUAGUUGAUUUAAAGGAAAAUGGUUUGUUACCUGGAAUAUUAUUGGCAGUAAAAUCCAUGUUAGUAGGAGAAAAAUCUAUUUUUCUACUAUCACACCAAGUGGCAUAUGGAGAUUUAGGUAUACCACCAAGAAUUAAACCAAGAGCUAAAUGUGUCUUCUAUAUAAAACUUAUAAAAAGUAUACUGACUCCCAAAGAAGGGCCACUAAAUUUCUCUGAACCAAAUAUGUUUAAGAGAGUUCUUCAUGAAGUAAAGAUGAUUCAUGUGUCUGGUGUUACUUUGUAUAAAUCAAAAAAUCUGUCUGCUGCAAUCCAGUUAUUCAAAAAAGGAGUAAACAUGCUUCACAAAUGUCGUUUGGCUGAUGAAGAUGAAGAAAUGCAGCAACGGAAAUUAUUAGUAAAAUUGUACACUAAUUUAGCUAUAUGUUAUAACCUCACAAAACAACCACUUAAGGCUUGUAUAUCAUGCAAUGAGUUACAUAGGUUGGAUAAUUUAUGGAAUAAUAGCAAAGUUUUAUUUCAAAAUGCUAAAGCAUUAAGAAUGAUAGGACAAUUUGAGGAAGCUCAUAAAAAACUCAAGAGGGCUCUGAAAUUAAGUCCAAAUAAUAAUGGAAUCAAAGCUGAAGUUGAAUUAUUAGAAAAUACCAGCAAAGAAUGUUGUAUUGAUGUGUGUUUAAAUAACGGCAGGAAUUUAAUAGACAACAAUUUCAAAAGGGAAGUAGAUAGCUUAGUUGUAAACUUUAAACAAAAUCCAAAUGUUUGUAAAUUAACAUUGCCGCCUGGUAUGAAUUAUAGUGAAAUGGAGUAUGUAAAAGAAGCUUGUUUAAGAGAGAAUUUAUUUUUCAACCAAGUUCAAGAGACCUAUACACUGGAUAAAGAAUCAGAUGAUGUUAAAGAUUUUAUUAACUUUGUGAUAGAUUCAUAGAUAAAUUUUAAAUAAAAAAUAUAUUUUAUUUGAUGU